AUGGUCAUAGAUCUGGAUAUGGUUCUUUCCCUUGCUGAAUUCUUUUGGCCAUGUAUCCUGUUCAUGAUUCUGACAGUGCUUCGUUUUCAGGAACCUCCCAGACAUAGAGACAAUUGUUAUUUGCAAGCUCGGGAUCUGCCCAGUCGGGGUGUGUUCCCCUUUGUCCAAGGCCUUCUUUGCAACAGCGGGUCGAGGUGCCGCAACAGGAGUUAUGCAGGGUCGAUGGAGCACCAUUUUCGUUCAUCUAGGUUCCAAGCUGCAGCUGGUGACCAUGGGCAGGUGGACGACCUGGUCUUCCUGAAAGAGAUACAGGACCUUGCCGAGGAAAUUUAUGAAAUGAUGGACAAGGCAAAAAACUUACAGCAUCUUUGGGUAAAAAGAUCCAAGACUCCAGAUUCUUCUUAUGGUUCCAGUUUUCCAGCUGUGGAUCUCAAUCAGACGGAGGAGCUGAUAUCGAAGUUGGAAAGCCUGCACCGGCAGCCCCACAUCUGGGAUUUUCUGUUUUUCCUGUCGGGACUGCAUGCAGACAGUGUUGGCGCUGAGGACGGUAUCCGCGGGGCAGUGCAUCUCCUCCAGGCAGUUUUGAACUCUGUCACAUCCCUGGAAGACUUAGACUGGCUGCCAUUCAACCACACUUUUUCCACAUUUUCUGAAAUCAUGCUAAAUGUGACUAUUUCGAUACUGAGACUCCUGCAGGAAAAUGGAGCAGCAGCUACUGAGUCAGGCUACCACCUGUCCUUGCAGAUGCUGGUGUGGCAUCCACAGAAGGUCAAGGAUGACCUGAGAUCCUGGUUUGGUUUUGAUGCCCUUCAUGCAGAACGAAUCCUGAGUUAUCCAGCUGAAUUACAGGAGAUUCCCACAGACAGUUUGCUGAAUCGGAUGGUGUGUACAGUCUUGUCUGGCACCUCUGAGGAUGAAGCUGACAGAGAUGGUCACCAUGGAGACUGUCACCCCAGAUGGUCAGCAGCCAGACACUAUCUGGUCCAUGCAGUCAGCUGGCUGCAAGUCUACAGACAGGUGUUCGCUCAGUGGCAGAAGGGUGGCCUGCUCCAGAAGGUGCUUGCAGGGGCUGCCCACAGUCUGGAGGUGCUCAGGAGUCAGGCUGAGGAGGCCAGUGAGCCAUGGAGGGUGGCAGAAGCUCUGCUCUCUGUGGUUCUUCUCCUGAAUGAGAGCGUGCCGGCGGAUGGCCCCAAGGGCAGCCAUGCAUCUCCACAGUUAUUCCUGCAUCUACAGAAAUUGCAGAAUGUUCUCCAGAACCUGCCCCAGCAGCCGGCUCUGAAGACACUGCUUCGGCUCCAUGGAGCUCUCAUAAAGGCCAUAGGACAGAAUUUACAUUUUACCCAAGAAGUCCUCACUGGCCUGGAGACAGCAGCUAAGGACCCUGAAGCAGGUGGACCUGACCAGUUGAAACUGGAAAAGGGCGUGUUCUUUCAGGAGUUAAAGCAGCUGCUGAUGAAAAAUGCUACUGUCGGCUGCCUGCAUGGACACGGGUCUGAGGGAGCGGCCGUCCGGCGUCCGGGGAACGCCAGCGUCUGGGCCAGCCUCCGGGAGCUGAUGUGUCACCACACCUCUUCCAAUGAGACCAGGGCUUUGACCAAGCUCCUUGGGUCAGCAGAGGACACUGGUCAUCUUUUGCAAGAGUUCAUCACGGGGCACACGAAUAUGUCCAAAUCUGUACCUGAAGGCUAUCCAGGCUGGCAGGAAGUGGAGAGCCAGCUGUCAGAAGCAAGCCUUUCCUGCGUGAGGCUCUUCCAGCUGCUGGCAGCUGACAUCUCCCCGGGGGAUAGUGAUGUUUCUGAUGCCUGUAAGGACCAGCUUAUCUCCACAGUGAUACUUCACACCCUUGAAGAAGCCCAGCUGUCCCUGGGACAGGCAUCCUACUGGAAAGCCUUUACAGGAUUCAUCAGGAGGACUUGUGAAGUGGCUCGAUAUGUGAACAUGCAAGAAAGUUUUCAGAACAGUCUCUUUGCUUUCUCAGAGGAAUCUCCGUGUUAUGAAGAACACAUGGAUUGGAAAGUCAUCAUUGAUAAUUAUUUUGAGUUUUUUGAGAACUUCUUCAAGUCUCCCAAAGCAUCCAUAUCCAGGGUUUUAAAUUCCACAAAAGAACUUCUAAUGGUGGAAAAGAAGUUUCAUGUCCUUGAGGAUGGGCAAGUGACCUUUCUUUUAUCAUUUGUGGAAUUUUUGGAGCAGUUACUAUUGCCUAAUCCUUUAGAUGCAACUGGUACUUCCAAAGUCUAUAACCUUGCAUCUCUCACUGACAUUAUUCUGAAUAAAAGUGGUUUGUGGAUAAAUCACUUAAAUGGUUUAGAAAGAGACCCAUCUUCUACUGAUACUCAGAAACUUGGGGAAUUUGGCAAAGAGAUGAUUGAAAACAUGCCAACUCUGGAAGGUUUCUGGAUAAGGAAGGAAUCAAGAGAUAUUUUGAGAUUUAUGGAAUUAAUACUUUCUGAAAUUAAUCCCAAGCUACAGGAAUUGUGGAUGUAUGGCAUUUCAGAAGAAGAAAGAUCUAAACUGGAAACCUUGUCUACACUUCUAAAUUUGUCUCUUCCAGAAGACAAGAGGGUUCUUAGUAAAAGCUUUAACUUUUCCCAGUUGUUCCAUUCAGACUGGCCCAAACCAUCAACUGUGAAAAUGGAUUUUGUAUAUUUAAGUGAAACUAUAAUAAACAGUCUCUGUGAAUUUGGAUUUCUGAGGCAGGAUCAAGCCUCAGGAGCUCUGGACACAGUCUAUGCUAUACGGAAUGCAUAUGAUCUUUUCUCAGCUCUUUCCGAAACUCAAAAACAAGAAGUGGAUAAAAUUUUGACUCAUCUGUAUCUAAAUGUCUUCAAGAAUAAAGAUUCAGCUUUACUUUUGCAGAUCUAUUCUGCCUAUCUUCAAUAUAUUUAUAAAUUCUUGAGCAUUCAUAGUAGAGAGUCUUUGCUAUCUUUCCUUACACAAACUUCAAAGCACGUUUUGGAUAUCACAAAGCAAUUUAAUUUCCAAAACAUCAGUAAAUCAUUUGCAUUUUUAUAUGAGACAGCAGGGCUUCUUCAGGGACUGGCUGAGGUAUCCUAUUGUCAGCAACUGAUUUCAAUUUUUAACUUUUUGGAGCAUCAAGCUCAAUCCCUGACAUCUACAGAGGGCUCAGCCCUGGAAGUGAUCCAUACUACUUUGAUGGGUCUCAAGCAGCUGCUCAUAGUAGAUGAAGAUUUUCGUAUUUCUUUAUUUCAAUAUGUGAGCCAACUCUUCAAUGGAUCAGUAGAAAGCCUGCUGGGCAGUGAAUGCUUUCCUUUGGUUAAUAAAAGCAUUCAUUCUGUGAAUCAUUCAACAGAUGGAAGGUCUUCGUCUAUUCUUCUGUGGGCACAGUUUCUUUCAAAUCUCUCUGCAGAUGGCAACGUGUUCAAUGAGUUCACGGCUGUUCACUGUACCAUUUCAUGGCUUCAAAUAUGGGCUGAAAUCUGUGGAAGCAUAUCUCAAAUACUCAAAGUUGACAUGAAUGUUUUUCCUCCUCUUCGUGUUGGUCUACAUCAGCUUUUGGAUGAAUUGGAAAGUGAUGUGAAAAUUCCUAAAAGCUGCCAGGGAAUAUUUCCCACCCAUCAUCCUGCUGGAUUCAUAUUAAAUUUGUUUAAAAACAUGACUCAAGCUGAUGGCAUCCACGAUUUGGAUGAUUUUCUGAAUCUCAGGGAUCUCUGGGAUGCAUUCAUGAGAGUUAAGUUGCUUAACCCGGACCAAGUAGAGGAAUCCCUCUUCACCAUGGAAACUGCCCUGCAACAGCUAACAGCAUUUCCAGCAAACACAAAUACAAGCAGAGAGUUUUUAUAUUCUCUGCUUGAUGUUUUCAUCAAGUUAAGCAAUGCCUCAGAAUAUACAGAUAGAAUUGUACAUUGGAUCAAUCACUUUCUUUCAAAAAACCUCACAAAUGAGGGAGGAAAGUUCGAGAGUGUCAUCAGUGAGCUAAGAGAAACAAUACUGUUUCUUAGAAAUGUGUCACAUGACCAAGACUUAGUGUCUUGUGCUAGUUUUUUCCAAAAUGUCACCGAGUUUAUUUUGGAAGAUGGCUUAUUACAUGUAAAUACUUCACAGAGGACAUUACAUAUUCUGGCCAUGUUAAAUUAUACAUUUUCCUCUGAGGAUGCAAUUAGCAGACUAAAAGGAUGCAUCACAUUGGUAGAUGCCAUAAACCAUCUGUACGCAGUGUCCAACUCCACUUUUUAUCAAGGCCCUUUUCAGGGCAUUUUGAGGAGUUUCAGAGAUGUGGAAGACAGAAUCAACUCUACACUGAAGCUUAUUACCUGGAUUUUAAAUAUAAAGGAAACUCCUUGUUCUUUGAAUCAGUCAAAUAUAAAUUGUGUGAAUAUUAACUUGAAACACAUAACUGAGUUUCUAAAUGUUAUACUUACUGCUGGUUUUGAAAGGGAAAAGGUACCAACAUUUGGAGUUUUCUUGACUCUUUUAAAUGAUUCCACAGACCAAGUAAGGAUGAUUAUCAACAACUUAACAAAAGACUUUGAUUUUGCAUCUCAGUCCAACUGGAAACAUUUUGCCGAAUUAGUUCUAAGCUCCAUGGAAAUGUCAGGUGAAAUUCCUAGCCAGUUUCAAAAUAUUUGGCUGCAUUUAGUAGCUUUGGGGAAGGAAAUUCAAAAAUUUAUGAAAGAUAUGUCCUCUAACAUCUUGGAAGGUAACUCCUCUUCUAAAACUGAAAAGUUUUUAAAUGUAUUUGCUGCCAGUGCAAAUGAAAAGGAUAUAAAGAGUUUAGGAAAUUCAUUUUAUCAUUUGGUUCGUUACCUUGUCCUCAAUUUAUCUCACGUACUCCAAAAUUCAAGAAAAAUAAUUCCACAUGAAAUAAUACAAGCUGCAGGUUUUGGUAUCCAAGUGCUUAGGGAUGUGUUCAACUCCCUGAUGCCCUCGGUUCACCAUUAUAUGCCACAAGAUCCAGGUAAGAGCCACAUUUUAAAGAAGGUGACUUCUUUCUUGCAUACUCUCAAGAACCCAGACAUACGUCUGCUAGAAUAUCAACUUGAGCACAUUAGUGAAAGCCUAAAGGAUUUCAUCAAGAAUAUCAGUAGAUUAGGUCCUGGUGAUCUGGGAGUCAAUUUGCUUGUUGACUUGAUGGAAACAUUUGUAGACAGCUCACAUUCCUGGAAUGUCAAUCAUCUGCUGAAACUCUCACGCCUGUUUCCUAAAGAUGAUGUCAAUGCUGUUGUAGAUAUGUACUACACACUUCCUCACGCCAUGAGGCUCCUGCGGAAAGUAGUUGGCAAAAAUAUCACAGAAAUCCUCAAGGACAUCUAUAACCUCACACUCCUCCAUGGCAUAAGCAUUUCAAAUGUCACCAAGCAGGACUUUGCUAUUGUCAUAAAAACUCUUUUGGAGACAAUUGAAUUAAUAUCUGAUAAACCAGGAAUUCUUUCAGAGGCUUUAACUUGUCUUCCUGUAGUUUGGUGCUGGAAUCACACAACUUCUGGAUUUGAGCAGAAUCCAAAGUUUGAAACCUGUAAGGCCCAUGAGCUCAUGUCUUCUGCUUUUUAUAGCAAAGUGGCCAGUAUACUUGACCACCUCCACAUGUCUCCCCCAGGCGAUGUUGCACAAUGUUCAAAUGAAAGCUCACAGAUGGAAAUAACAAGGAGAAUGGUCUGUGCCAUUCAUGAGUUAGUGGACUGUAGUUCCAUUCUUCUAGAGUUGUCUGAAGUCCUCCACAUGAACACUUCGCUUGUAGAAACUGUGCAAGAAUUCUGGCAUAAGGUGCUACCAUUUGGCUUGUCUUCUGGAAGUCAAAGCAAUGGCAACAUCUCUGAACUUUGUCCUGGUGGCCCCAUAAAACAAGUUGCUUUGCAAAUCAUAGAAACAUUAAAAAACGUCAACUUUACAAAAGUUACAUCAGAUGAAAGCAUUCUUGAGAAGCUGUCCAGUUUAAACAAGAUCCUUAACAUUAAUGAAGACACAGAGGCAUCUGUUCAGCAUGUUUCCUCAAGUUUGGAAAGGAUAAUGAAAUUGCUUUUUGGGGAUCAGAGUCUAGAAAAUAGUACUCAUUCACUAAUCUCUCCAUUUGGGAUGUUUCUGAAUGCAAAUCUGACAGGUAGUAGUGUAGAAGCAUUAUUAAGUUUUAUUAAAAAAAGUGAAGCAACUUAUAAUUUUGAAGAACUAUGGCUUGAGUUUGAGCAAAUCAUGAACUAUCUAACCCAUGACGUUAGUAUCAGAGCCCUGUUUUCUGAAAUUAACAAAGACAUUCAAAUAAUUUAUUCCAUGGCUCUUCAAAACAUAAUUUUGCAAUCUGGCCGCUUUUUGGAAAGCCUGGAUUCAUCAUCAAUGAAGACAUUAGAAAUUAUUGAGGAUUUUCUAUUGGUUGUAAAAAACUGGCUUAAUAAACAUGCAAAUGAAGAUUACUCCAGAAUAAUACAAAGAUUUCUUCCUAUGGUCCACGAGAGUUCAUCUGAUGAUAUAUUGACUAAAGAUAUUACUAACUUUUUGGAUUAUCUCAAAAACGUUUCUCUAGAAGAUAAUUUCGAUGUUUCCCUACUUAAUCAUCUGCCAAACCAAGUACAGCUAACUAAUUUCUCAGUUAUUUGGUUACUUUUGGAAAGCCUCCUAAUUAAUUCAGUCAAUAACUUAGCUAGGAGUUCUCAAGAGGCAGCCUUGAAUUUAAGUGAUACUGACCUUCAGGUAAUGAAUUUCGUGAACCUCACCUUGAACCACACUGAGUCUGAGGAUGGUGAUGGAAUAAAUUUCCCUCCGAGAAACAUAAUGGACUUCAUGCAGUGGCUUUUGAAAAAAUUCUUCUCUUUUUCACUAAAGGGAAAUUCUGAGAACAAAAUCUCUCUUCUGCUAAAAGACUCCCACAAAGACAUCAUUGCAGGGAUGAGUUUUGUCCCAAAGGAUGAAAUCCCAGAAAUCCUGAAACUGAAUCAACUUCUUAACUCCACAAAAGAAGACCGGUUGAUGGGCAUUUUUUCAAGUUUAAAGGAGAGUCUGUAUCAUUUAAUCAAAAGCUCAUUUGUAUUAGAGAAUGGGAAAUUUUAUUUUGAAAAUCACCAAGGACUGAAGUUCAUGGGUGAUUUAUUUAAUGCUCUUCUAUGGGAAAUGCCAAUGGAAAAUAGGAAUGAAAAUAAUUUUGAAUUUCUCAAGGUGGUGAGCCAGUUGCUUUUCCAUAUGAAUAGUUCUGAGAAUAUCUUCAAACUCAGUCAAGAUCUUAGGUCAGCCCUUCACCUUGUGCAAGAAACUUCAACAGAGACAUCAAGUCUUAUGGAUGCUCUUUUAAACUCUCCAAAUAAGGACUUUCGGAACUUAUAUCCUACACUCCAAGAAGUUAUACUUGCUCAUCUAACCCAUUUGCUUUCCUUCGUAACUAAUUCAUUCCCUUUAAGAAGCAGAGCAACAUUAGAAAUUACCAAGGGAUUUCUUGGUGUCAUCUCAAGAGCUGAAAAAGGUGGAGAAAGUCAUGUCCUGGAACCACUCUUGGAAAUGUCUAAUACUCUGAUCAUGCUGGUAAGGGGCACUGCUGAAAUGGGAGACCUGGCCACCUCAGUAAAUUCCACUGUGGCACUUCUUAAAUUAGCCAAGAAAGCUUCCAGGAAGAUGGCCCAUAGUUUUGAAACUCAUUUUAUCUCUAAGACCAAUGAUACUGUGAAAUUCUUUGACAGUCUCUAUUCUAUUUUGCAACAAAAUGUUCAACAGGUUGUGCAUGAAAUAAUUACUUUGAAAAAAAUACCUCAUUUAAUAUUUGAAAAUAUAAAUGACUUGCUGACACCAUUUCUUGACUUGGCUUUUGGGAUGAUUGGGGUCAAGCCUAAUAUUUCACAAGACUCUGAUAUUUCCAAUAUGUCAUCUAGCAUAUUUGCAUAUGUGAACCAGUCCAAGGACUUUUCUGAUAUUUUGAAAGAAAUUGCUGUUUUUUUAACUUCUGUGAAAAUCAAUUUGGGAGACAUGGAGCAUCUUGUGGUAGCACUUAAUAAUGGGUCUCAGAUAUUUUCUACGGAUUCUGUCAACUUAGGGGAAGAAAUCCUCAAUUGCUUUAUUCCUAUAAAUAACAUCAUCAACCAGAUAGACUUCUUACAUCCUAAACCUGUGUCCACUCACAGUUUCCCUCAAGAUACAAAAUGGGAAAGAACUCAUCAAGUGAUCUUAUUUUUGGAUGAAAUACUAUCCCAAAACAGCACAGAAAUAGGGACUUACUUGAGGAUAGUGCUUGAUCUCACCUUAGAAGCUCUUUGGAAUAGAUUGGAGAAGGGUGACUGGAAUUCUUUUAAUCCUUUGCUGACAUUUUCUCAGCAUCCAAAAAAUCUCUUGAAAGUCAUAAAAACAGUUGUAGAAGGCUCCAGGGGAAUGAAAAGUGACCAUGCAAGUGGUUUGAGUGAAGCUUUGUUUCUCAACCCCUCUUGGAUUCAGAAUGAGACUCGUCAGCAAAUGGAUGCAGCAAUCCAGAUUAUCUUAAGGAGAAUAGCUCUCCUGAGGAAAGAGCUUCUCCUAAGCAACUCUCUGUGGAUUAAUUCCACAAGAACUCUGUUUCAGUCCAUUUUUGAGAUUUUUAUUAAUGCUGGAAAGAAUAUCACAUCAGGAAAAGAGGAGAGGACCAAGAAAGAGGUGAUCGAUUUUCCUUCCAUCCUCAAACCAGUAUCAUAUUUCGAGAAAUAUCUGAGGGGAUUACUUGCAUUGACGGAAUACUGGCAGAAGGUCCCGCUGACAGAUCAAAGUGUUAUUGAAAUGUGUCAGGUUUUCCGGCAGCCUUUGGAGCUCCCAGAAGCCAUUGCGAUUCUGCAGAAAGUGAAGAUCCUGGUUCUGCAUGUGCUCGUCACCUUUGCAGAGAGCCCUUCCCUGACCAAGGACAUUCUGUGUGCCACUCUGAGUUGCAAGCAAGGAGGGAUAAGGCGCCUCAUUCUAUCUGCUCUGCAAGGCUUCACGUUGGUGCAUGACCACUACCAGGAAAUGGGAAAGAUAUGGUCCUCACCCCUUCACCUAAACUGUGAAAGUCUCAGCAGGAAUCUUUCCGACACAUUGGAAGGCUUCAGGAGAAGCUUGGACAAGGCCACGGAGCAGGACUGUGAAUGCCAGCCCACACUGGACACGGCUCAGCAGCGCAUGCACAUGUUGGCCCAAAGCCUUGAGAAGACUUUGUUGUCUGGGAAUCCCAUUAUGACUUUUCUGAGCAAUUUCACAGUAACUGAGGAUGUAAAAGUAAAAGAUUUGGUGCAGAACACCACCAAAUUAACUGAAGAGCUCCGAUCUUCCAUCCACAUCUCAGAUGACACCAUCAGCAGUAUUUUAGAAGCAAAUAUUUCCCAUUCAAAGGUUCUCUCGAGCGCCUUUACUGUAGCUCUGUCUGGAAGAUGUGAUCGCCGCAGUCUCCGCCUCCUGCUGCUCUUCCCCGAGGACUAUAGGUCUGGGUUUGCAACGAAGGAACUGUGCGGCCUGCCUGCAUCCAAGGUGUAUUCUCUGCUUGUGUCGAUGAGUAAGAACCUGAACCUGCGGAGUGUGAUUUACAAAAUGCUGAUACCGUCGGAAGCUGGUGCUGUGCUCAGGUCCCUGCUGGAUGUCGUCUCUAGACUCAGCCACCUGCUUGCCAAAGCUGACCACGUCCUCAAACACCUUCCUGAAUUUCUGCAUGGAUUUCAAAUCACUGCCUUGAGAGACAUGCCCGACUUCCCACAGGUGUCACAAAACGGCCAGGCCAGAAGUUCAUCCUUUGGUUCUUUCCAGUCUAUGAUGAAGGUAAUUUGCAAGGAGCAAGAGUCUUUCUUCAGCAAUUCUAACAUGUUUGUUAACUUGCCCAGAGUUAAUGAACUCUUGGGAGAGGACAAAGAAAAAUUCAACAUUCCUGAAGAUUCAACACCAUUUUGCCUGAACCUUUAUCAGGAAAUCCUGCAGUCUCCGAAUGGCGCUUUGGUGUGGUCCUUCCUAAAACCUGUAUUACAUGGGAAAAUACUGUACACACCCAACACUCCAGAGAUUAAUAACAUCAUUAAAAAGGCAAAUUAUACUUUCCUUUUUGUGGACAAGCUGAAGACUUUAUCAGAAACAUUGCUGACAAUGUCCAGCAUUUUUCAGAACAGUGGAAAUGGCCAGAUGCUCAGCCAACUACAGGAAGCCCUAAGAAACAAAUUUAUAAAAAACUUUAUAGAAAGCCAGUUGCCUAUUGAUGUGGACCAGUUGACUGAAAAGCUCCAGAGAUACGGAGCGAUGCUGGAUGAGGUGCUGACCAGUGUGGGCACCACACGCAUCCAUUUCCUGGGCCGUGUCUUGGUCAAUCUGUCGUCCUGUGUGGUGCUGAACCGCUUCCAGGCCCUGGAGUCUGUCUCCGCCCUGGAGUUGAAGGCGCAUGAGCUCCUGCAGCAGAACGGCUUGUUGGCCAGUAUCAUAUUCAACAAUUCCUUUGUUGGCAAGAACUUCAGGUCAGAGUCUGGCCAGCUGCCACCCCAUGUCACCUACACAAUCCGGACCAGUGUCUUAUACAGCAUGAGAACGGAUUUGGUGAAAAACCCACUUUGGAAGUUCCAUCCGCAGAGCCUACCAGCCAGUGGGUUCAAAUACAACUACAUCUUUGUCCCUCUGCAAGACAUGGUUGAAAGGGCCAUCAUCCUGGCACAGACAGGGCAGAGUGCUGUGGGGCCAGCAGUGCAGGCGCAGGCCAUCCCAUACCCCUGCCACACCAGCGACCUAUUCUUGAACAACGUUGGUUUCUUUUUCCCCCUGAUAAUGAUGCUGACGUGGAUGGUGUCUGUGGCCAGCAUGGUCCGAAAGCUGGUUUAUGAGCGGGAGAUCCAGAUAGAAGAGUACAUGUGGAUGAUGGGCGUACACCCCACGACCCACUUCCUGGCGUGGUUCCUGGAGAACAUGGCCAUGCUGACCCUGAGCAGCGCUGCUCUGGCCGUCAUUCUGAAGACUAGCGGCAUCUUCGCACACAGCAACGCCUUUAUCAUUUUCCUCUUCCUCCUGGAUUUUGGGGUGUCAGCCGUCAUGCUGAGUUACUUCCUGAGUGCGUUUUUCAGCCAAGCAAACACAGCUGCCCUUUGUACCAGCCUGGUGUACAUGAUCAGCUUUUUGCCCUACAUAGUUCUGUUGGUUCUACGCAGCCAAUUAAGUGUUGUCAUUCAGACAUUUCUGUGCCUCCUCUCCACCACCGCCUUUGGACAAGGAGUAUUUUUCAUUACAUUCCUGGAAGGACAAGAAGCAGGGAUUCAGUGGAAUAAUAUGUACCAGUCUCCGGAGCAAGUGGGCAUGGCAUUCGGUUGGGUUUGCUGGAUAAUUCUCUUGGAUUCAGGCAUCUAUUUUUUAUGUGGGUGGUACUUGAGCAACUUGAUUCCUGGAACUUUUGGUUUAAGGAAACCAUGGUAUUUUCCCUUCACCACAUCGUAUUGGAAGACUUUGUGUGGUUUGGUGGUGAGAAGACAGCGUGCUCUGGGUUCUGGCAUCUUCUCCACUGAGAACUUUGACGGUAAGGUUUGGUCAUUGCAGCAAAACAGGAAAGGAAAGCAUGAAGGAGGUUCCCUGGGUGUCCGCAUGAUAUCUGUGACUAAGGUAUACAAGGGCCACAAGGCGGCUGUGCAAGACCUGACGCUCACCUUCCACAGACACCAGAUCACAGCCCUGCUGGGGACCAACGGUGCCGGGAAGACCACCGUCAUAUCCAUGCUGACAGGACUCUACCCUCCCACUUCUGGGGCCAUCAUCAUCAAUGGCAAGAACAUGCAGACAGACUUGUCCACGAUCAGAAUGGAGCUGGGGGUGUGUCCCCAGCAGGACAUCCUGUUUGACAACCUCACUGUCCUGGAACACCUGCUGCUCUUCGCUUCCAUCAAGGCACCACAGUGGACCCAGAGCGAGCUCCGCCAGCAUGUCGAUAAAACGCUUCAGGAUGUGGAGUUAAUGCAGCACCGGCACAAACAGACCUGUGUCCUAUCCGGAGGCAUGAAGAGGAAGCUGUGCAUUGGCAUCGCGUUUGUGGGCCCAUCACGGACUGUGGUUCUGGAUGAGCCCACCAGUGGGGUGGACCCGUGCUCCCGCCGUGGCAUCUGGGACAUCCUCCUCAAGUACCGGCAAGGUCGGACGGUCAUCUUCACUACCCACCACCUGGAUGAGGCAGAGGCGCUCAGCGACCGCGUGGCCAUCCUGCAGCAGGGGCAGCUCCGGUGCUGUGGGCCCCCCUUCUGCCUCACAGAGGCCCACGGCCAGGGGCUUAGCCUGACACUCACCAAGCAACUGGAACUGCCCAGCAAGGGAGGCUGCAGUGAGGCCAGGGCCAGGCCCCUGAUGUUCAUGUCUGCAGAAGAAGAGGGAGUGACAGAAACACUUAAUGAUGCUGCCAAGGUGUUUCUGAUGCUUUUGCAAGAUUCCAAAAAGCGAUCUGAUGUCGGCCCAGGGAUGAAGCUGGAGCCUCAGUGCCAGAGGCCGCCGGAGUGUGCUCCUGACUGUUGUGGUGCCCGGGCCAGGCCCCCAACCAUGCAGGGCGGCCCACUUCUGGCUGCUCAGAUGGUGGCCCUGCUGAGGAAACGGCUGAGCCACACAUGCCAGGCCUGGAAGGGUGCGCUGUCCGACCUGCUGCUGCCCAUGCUCUUUGUGGCCUUGGCAAUGGGCUUGUUCAUGGUGAGGCCUUUGGCCAUCGACUACCCGCCUCUCAAACUAACGCCCGGCCAUUAUGACAGCGCUGAAACUUACUUUUUCAGCAGCGAGAGUGAAGACUUCAAACUUGCCCAUGUGCUUCUGCGAAAGUUUGGCGAUCAGGAUCUGCUCUGCCCCGAAUUAAACCGAGACCUGAAGAAUUCUUCAUGCUGGCACACAGAUCCCUUUUCUCACCAAGAAGUCCGGGACUCAUGUGGCUGCCUGGCAUGUCCCAAUGGCAGUGCCCUGGCUCCCUACCUGACCAACCGCCUGGGCCACACUCUGCUGAACCUCUCAGCCUUCCACCUGGAGGAGUAUUUGCUGCUGCCCUUUGCAAAACCAAGGCUCGGAGGCUGGUCUUUUGGAGUCCGAAUUCCUGGUCAAGACGCAAAUUUGAAUACAUCAGAACCAAAAACUGUGGCAAAGGUGUGGUAUAAUCAGAAGAGUUUCCAUUCCCUACCUUCCUACUUAAAUCAUCUGAACAACCUUAUUUUGUGGGCAUCCUUACCCCCUGGCGUGGACUGGAGACGAUACGGAAUAACGCUCUACAGCCACCCCUACGGAGGCGCCCUGCUCAACGAGGACAAGAUCCUGGAGAGUAUCCGUCAGUGCGGGGUUGCCCUCUGCAUCGUGCUGGGCUUCUCCAUCCUGUCUGCGUCCAUUGGCAGCUCCGUGGUGAAGGACAGGGUGACUGGAGCCAAGAGGUUGCAGCACAUGAGUGGCCUCGGCUACAGAACGUACUGGCUCACUAACUUCCUGUAUGACAUGCUGUUCUACCUGGUUGCCGUUGGCCUGUGUGUUGCCGUCAUCGUUGCCUUCCAGCUAACAGCUUUUACUUUCCGCGAGAACUUGGCAGCCGUGGCCCUCCUGCUGGCACUUUUUGGUUAUGCAACUCUUCCGUGGAUGUACCUGCUAUCCAGAAUCUUUUCCAGUUCGGACGUAGCUUUCAUCUCCUACAUCUCCUUGAACUUCAUCUUUGGCCUCUGCACCAUGCUGAUGACCAUCAUGCCCCGGCUGCUGGCCAUCAUCUCCAAAGCUCAGAAUUUACAGCACAUCUAUGAUGUCCUCAAGUGGGUCUUUACUAUUUUUCCUCAAUUCUGCCUGGGUCAAGGACUGAUAGAACUCUGCUAUAAUCAGAUCAAAUAUGACCUGACCCACAACCUCGGCAUUGAUUCUUACGUGAGUCCCUUUGAGAUGAACUUCCUGGGCUGGAUCUUCACGCAGCUGGCCUUGCAAGGCACGGUUCUGCUCCUCUUGCGGGUCCUGCUGCACUGGGACCUUCUGUGGGGGUCACGGGGUCACUCUGGCAUCUACGGCACAGUCACGUCUUCUAAGGACACAGAUGUUGAAAAAGAGCAGAUACGGGUAUUGAAAGGAAGAACUGCUGGAGAUAUCCUUGUGCUGUACAACCUCAGCAGAACUUACAGUGGCUUUUUCAAGAGGACCCCUGCCGUGCAAGAUAUCACUUUGGGCAUACGAAGAGGAGAGUGCUUUGGGCUGCUAGGGGUGAACGGAGCUGGGAAGAGCACCACCUUCCAGAUGCUGGCUGGGGACAUCCCUCCCACCUCUGGACAUGCCAUCCUCAGGACUCCCACAGGAGAGGAUGUGGAUCUGUCAUUUGCUGGCUCGGCAGGCAUUUGCAUUGGCUACUGUCCACAGCAGGAUGCCCUGGACGAGCUCCUGACGGGCUGGGAGCACCUCCAGUAUUAUUGCAGCCUCCGCGGGAUUCCUAGGGCGCUCGUCCCUGAGGUUGCAGGAGACCUCGUAAGGCGCUUACACCUGGAAGCCCAUGUGAACAAACCAGUGGCCACCUACAGUGGGGGAACCAAAAGGAAGCUCUCCACAGCCCUGGCCCUGCUGGGGAAACCAGACCUUCUCCUCCUGGAUGAGCCCAGCUCUGGGAUGGAUCCCUGCUCUAAGCGGUACCUGUGGAAAGCAAUAAUGAAGGAGGUUUGGGAAGGCUGUGCUGUGGUGCUGACCUCCCACAGCAUGGGGGAGUGCGAAGCACUCUGCACCCGGCUUGCCAUCAUGGUCAACGGCAGCUUCCGAUGCCUUGGCUCUCCUCAGCACAUUAAAAACAGGUUUGGUGAUGGUUAUACUGUCAAGGUUUGGCUUCAUAAGGAAGCAAAUCAACACAACACUGUUUCUGACUGCUUGAAGCUCUAUUUUCCAGGAAUCCAGUUUAAGGGGCAGCGCCUUAAUUUAUUGGAAUAUCAUGUGCCAAAAAGAUGGGAAUGCUUAGCUGACCUGUUCAAAGUUCUAGAGAAGAAUAAGGCCUCCUUGAAUAUCAAGCAUUACUCCAUUAACCAGGCCACUUUGGAGCAGGUGUUUAUUAAUUUUGCGACUGAGCAGCAGCAGCCUCAACAGUGUGCUCCCGACCCAUCCAUGGACUCUUACCGGCCGUCUCACCUGCCUAUCUAAGCACUAAAGAAGAUGUUUUUAAGAGGACCUAACCCUUCUCUUUCAUUACCAUUCAUACUCGAAGAUCAGAGGAGCCAGUGCACAGAGAAGGAGCUGGAAGACGUAUCCAGGAGUCACACUUCAUUCUCUCCUCAUUUUCUAUUUUGAAACUCUUUGUUAAUCAGGAAUCAGCAAACUGAGAGGUCCUUCUUUUCUGUGGAUUUUUUGGGAGUUCCUGCAGCAAGGUUCCUCUCUCUGCAGAGUCACAGCGGGGUAGCUUCUUUGGGACACAGGCAGGAAUGAGUCAGCAGUCCCAGUGGAGACCUUCUGCAGCUGCCAGGGCUGUCAGACGUUGUUCCAAACAUGUCAUUUCACUUUAAAGGACACCGAGGCCGCUGAGGUUAAAAACUCCUCAUUUGUUUGUUUAGGAAGUAGUACCUAGGACUCUUCUAUUUUUGUCAUCUUUUCACUAGAGAUGCUUAUGCAUGUCUAAAUAAAAACUCAGUGAUCGAAAUGCAAACUUUCCCUGAUAUUGGAUGUCAUUAUAUGGUCUGACAUGAAAAAAUUGCCAGCAUUUUCCACAAAAGAUGCUUUUAAAGAAAAAUAAGUAUUGAAAAGCUUUAUAGUCAACCCUUUAGCAAAAUUAAUUAAAUGGAACUGAACACUCUGUAUCAUUUAUAAAAGUUUUACCAGAAUUUCACAAAUUAUAAAUUUAGGGGGAAAUAUAAUGUGGAUGUAUUUCUUCUUAAUUUGGAUUCAUAAUUCCUGAUUUGUUUAAGUUCCCCUUCGUAGCCAUAGCAGCAUCUCCUGGGAGCUGCAGAGUCUUAGGCUCCCCAACCAAAGCCAGUGAAUCUAAAAGUGAGAUUCACUAAAACUCACCCUCUGGGGCUGGAGCGCCACACUCCAGGUUUAAAAAAGGCCUUCUGGUAUUCUGAUGCACGUCCUGGUUUGAGAACAAAUGACCUAAGGAAAUGUCCAGUUACCUUCUAAUUAUACAAGCAAAGUUAGCACAGUAUGUAGUAAAUAAACGUUACUUUUCAAAUAUUUAAAGAUUAUCUAAAAAUUAUGCCAUUCUCAGAAUUAUUGUUGUCAAAAUUCUUUUCAUUGUGAAGUACUGUGAUGUGGCUCUAAAAGGCUAUAAACCUGACAGUCUGCAUCUUGUACUUAGUAAAGUGCAUUUAAAAUCAUGUGCCUCCUACAUUGUGUCAAAUAGUCUCCGGACAGACAUAUUGGAGUUAUUUCUCAGCCUUCUUUGAAUAACAUUUUUCUGAAAGCUCAAAGGAAGAGCACAUUAAUUUCAUUAAAAAAUUUAACCUUAUCCAAUUAAGUUUUCGAGCAAUAGUAGCUUGUUAUCAAGGGACACUUUCUCACAUUUCUUUACUGCAAGAUUUCAUUAAAAUCUGUCUUUCCUGAAUAUCAUUCUAUAUGCAACCAAUUUUUAAAAGUUAAGGGUUAAGCCAAUCAUGUAUAGUUUUGAUUGAAUAGUUUCAUUUACAUGAAUCACAUGAAUUGUGCUUUUUUAAAUAAUUUACAAUUUAGGGUUUUAUGAUCCCUCCUAAUUCUAACAUUGUCUCAUUGUCAAAAUGGAAGAUGUAAUCUUUUGUUACUGUUGUUGAAUGAAUCAAUAAAAUGUGUGAAACACAAACUGGUUUAUACUGCA